ACAAUCGUUACUUGCCAUUACCGGGAAGACAACAGUAAAUCUAUAUGUACAUAUAUGCACAUACAUAUGUAUGUAAAUGAUUGUUUGCAGUUAAUUGCUGGCAGAAAAACUUGCCCUUUUUUACAAAAAAGCAGAGUAUAAUAUUUUGCAAGAUUAGGAGUUUGUACUUCAAAAGUUGAAAUUUGUUAUUAUAACUUUACAAUAAUUAUAAAUAUUUUCGUCUUUUUCUUGUUAUAUUUUGUAUUUAUAUUAUUAAAAAUUAGACUCAUAUAAAUAAAAAUACACCUUUUCAUGCACAAGAAUAUGUGUUGCCCUGUUUAUUAAUAAAACAUAACAGGGCCGAAACCAGAACUCAGAUUAUUAUGCAAUCAAUAUUUGGGUUAUUAAAAUUUUUUAUAAAAUAAUCGAAAUGACAAUUCUUACUUUUGUUGUGAAAACGGCAAUGUAAUACAAGUAGAAAUGACAUUUGAUGUAAUGGGCUUUCUGUUGGCGGGCACAUACACCGCGUUGGGCGUUGUGAAAGCUAUGGACAAUGACUCGUUCAUUCAAUUAGGAGCAAGUUUUGUUGUUGGUGGUGUUUUAGGUUAUGGUGCAUAUUUAAAUUCAAAAGAUCCCCCGCGUCCUUUGUUUCAAUUGUCUACAGAACUUUUGUUGGCCGGCAUAAUGGGUACACGUUAUACUUUGACGAACGAUGUUAAUGAUGGCGCAUUAUUUCUAGCUACAGCUGCUUCAGCCUUUUACAAUUCUUAUACUUAUAACGAAGAUUUAAGUUAUCAAAUUGAUAUUGACGACUUCUUGGGAAGAGUGGACAGUAGGAAAAUCACGAUUAAAAUACCAAAUAUCAAAAAGGCGAUGGAAUGACUGAAUAUGAAAGCCGCCCUUUUCAAAGUAAGAAAUUUUAUUUCUUUGAGUCCAUUCAUAUUAUUUAGACAAAAUAUUUAUUUCAUAAAAAUAUAAUUGUUAAACAAUACAAAUAAAUAUUAAUAACAUUGACUGUUAUAAAUUUUUUAAAAAUAA